AGGAGAAGGGGCGAAGAAAGCCUUGCAAAAGGAUCAGCAAAACCUUUUUUGUGGGACUGGCUAGCCGCAGCUCGAGCUUCACCCGCCAUUGGCUUGAAAAAGGAAAAUGGCCGCUGAGCCAGGAGAUACGUUGACCUUGAGCCUACCGCCCGGUGCUGUGCUAAAGCAGAGGAUGAAAGUGGAGGAGCCAGACCCAGCCGAAGUGGGGAAAGGCUCUCGUGCCAUGCAGGAUGGGAGUAUGAGGGAAUUCUGGGAGAGAAACAUGUCGGGCCACGUCAAGCAGAAGCCACAGAAGGGGCUGCAGCAGCCAUGGGAGGCCCAGCUACAGGAGUUCCUCAGAGCGAUGGAGUCUUCCCACUCCGAUGGGAGAGACCAGCACCAGCGGACGUUGGCGUUGCGGGAUGAGGCCCAAGCUGGCCUGUCUCCAGGUGGUGCCAGGCCACGCCAAGUCCCUUUCCCGCCACAUCCCAGGAGAGAAGACAACAACCUGCUGGCCAAAGAGGAAAGAGAGAGUGGGAAAGUGAAGGAAGAGGAGAUUGGUCCUGACGCACAGCGGCAACACUUCCGGCAGUUCGCCUACCAGGAGGGGCCUCGAGAGACUUGCACCCGGCUCCGGCAGCUUUGCCACCAGUGGCUGAAGCCCGAGAGGCACAGCAAGGAGCAGAUCCUGGAGCUGGUGAUCCUGGAGCAGUUCCUGGCCGUCCUGCCGUCGGAAAUGCAGAGCUGGGUCAAGGAAUGUCGCCCGGAGACCUGUGCCCAAGUUGUUGCCCUGGCAGAGGAGUUCCUACUGAGGCAGCAGGAGGACGAGAGACUCGGAGGGAAGGAGGCAGUACGGGCCUUUCCUGAGGCAGAACGGGCUCCACCAGAUACCUGGCCAAGGCCUCACUUCAGGGAGAUCAAGCAAGAGGCCGACAGAGAUGCCACCUUGCUUGCAUGUUCUGCGGGGACACGUCGGAAGGAGAGGAAUCACCCGGGCAACGCUGAGGAACUGGGGCCGUUUGUAGCGUUGUCAAGGGAAGACGAGCAAAACAUCGCCAGUCCAGCAGAGGACUCUGAGAGCCUGCAAGGAAACGAACCGGAAGCACAAGGCGGGAAAUUCAUUAAUUCUCAGGGUGGGUACGAGGACCUGGACGACAGCAUCGCGCCACAGCCAGCCGCCCUGAAAGGUGAGCAGGAAAACGCAGGGGUUCAGUUGGGGCAAGUUCUCAGGCUGAGGUCCGAUCUCAUAGUGCACGAGAGGACACUGACGGGUGAGUCCCAGUACAAAUGUUCAGUUUGCUGGAAAACCUUUUGCCGCAGGAACGUCCUCAUCACUCAUCAGAGAAUCCACACCGGGGAGAAGCCGUACAAAUGCUUGGACUGCGGGAAAAGCUUCAGCCAGCGGUCGCACUUGAUCUUGCACGAGAGGACUCACACCGGCGAGAAGCCCUACAAGUGCUCGGACUGCGGGAAGAGCUUCAGCCAGAGGCCCCACCUGGUCAAGCACGAGAGGAUCCACACCGGCGAGAAGCCCUACAAGUGCCCCUACUGCGGGAAGAGCUUCAGCGACCGCUCCACCCUGACGACCCACAAGAGGACCCACACGGGGGAGAAGCCAUACUCGUGCGCCGACUGCGGGAAGAGCUUCAGCGACCGGUCGUCCCUCAUCGCGCACAACCGGACUCACACGGGCGAAAAGCCCUACAAAUGCUCCGAGUGCGGGAAGAGCUUCAGUCACCAGUCGACCCUCAUUCGACACGAGAGGAUCCAUAACGGGGACAAGACUCUGAAGUGUUUGGAAGCCGGGAAAAACGCAGUCUCCGUCUUGGGGGCAGAUAAGAGACCCCGCUUGGGGGACAAGCCCCCAGUGCCGUGGACCAAUUCUGUGAGUUGGGGGGAGCCUCUGUCUCUGAGCCUCAGCAAUGCCCCUUCUGAAAAAUGAAAAUAUAAUCUCCAUCAGAGGGUUGUUUGGAAUAAAAUAAAAUUAAAAUUAAAAAAGGUAAAUAAAAUAAAGAUGAUGAAGCAUUUUGGAAAACGAAAAGGGUGCUUGUAGUCCUUUUUUUUUUUUUUUUGCAGAUUUCACCCUGCUAGUUUGCUAGCAGUUAUUUGGACACUUAAAGGUAAAAGGUAAAGGGACCCCUGACCAUUAGGUCCAGUCGUGGCCAACU